AUGCAGGCGCGGCGCCUGGCCAAGCGCCCCAGCCUGGGCGGCCGCCGCGGGGGCCCCACGCCCGCCGCCCCCGGCCCGGCCCCCGACAACGGGAGGCCGCCGCUGCCGCGCGGCGCGGCCACCGGCCCCGCUCGGGCCGCGGGGGCCGCCGCGUCGCCGGCGCUGCUGCUGCUCGGCGAGGAGGACGAGGACGAAGAGGGCGGGAGCCGGCGGCGGCGGGCGCUCGGGCGGGUGCCGGAGAAGCCCCGAGGGGGCGCGGAGGAGGAGGAUGACGACGACGAGGACGACGACGAGGAGGUGGUCGUUGAGGUGGUGGACGGCGACGACGACGACGACGAUGGCGAGGAGCGCUUCGUGCCGCUCGGCCCUGGCCGCGCGGUCCCCAGGGGCCCGGCCCGGGGCGCGCUGAAGGUAGGGAGCAUUAAGCGGGAAAUGACCUUCACAUUUCAACCAGAGGACCUAAAACGUGACUCUAGUAAGAAAAUGUCUCAUCCGCACUUGUUCCCUUUGGCCAUGGAGGAAGAUGUGAAAACAGCGGACGCCAAAACAGCCACCCGAGCCCUUGAUCAUGAAAAAGAGAACACCCGCUCCAUCUGUCUCCUUGAGCAAAAGCGAAAAGUCGUUUCCUCCAACAUCGAUGUCCCUCCGGCAAGGAAAUCCUCCGAGGAGCUGGACAUGGACAAAGUCACAGCGGCAAUGGUACUAACCAGCUUGUCCACCAGCCCUUUGGUGCGAAGCCCUCCUGUGCGGCCAAAUGAGGGCCUCAGCGGAUCCUGGAAGGAGGGCGGCGCCCCUUCCAGCAGCUGCAGCAGCAGCGGCUACUGGAGCUGGAGCGCCCCCAGCGACCAGUCCAACCCGUCCACGCCGUCGCCGCCGCUGUCCGCCGACAGCUCCAAGCCCUUCCGCAGCCCCGCGCCGGACGACGGCAUCGAUGAGGCCGAGGCCGGCAACCUGCUCUUCGACGAGCCCAUCCCCAGGAAGAGAAAGAACUCCAUGAAAGUGAUGUUCAAAUGCCUCUGGAAAAACUGUGGGAAGGUGCUGAGUACUGCGGCAGGCAUCCAGAAGCACAUCCGGACAGCUCACCUUGGGCGUGUUGGGGAUUCGGACUACAGUGACGGCGAGGAGGAUUUCUACUACACAGAGAUGAAGCUGCACACGGACUCGGUGGUGGACGGCCUGAGCAGCCUGGCCCCGGGCUCGCCCUCCCAGACCCUGGCUUCACCUCCCACGUUCCCCAUCCCGGAGUCAAGCCGGACAGACACCCCUUGUGCCAAAAGCGAGACGAAGCUGAUGACGCCCCUGAGCCGCUCGGCCCCCACCACCCUCUACCUCGUGCACACCGACCACGCUUACCAGGCCACGCCUCCCGUGACCAUUCCAGGAUCAGCCAAGUUCACCAACCCCAAUGGCAGCAGUUUCAGCAUUUCCUGGCAGUCUCCUCCAGUUACCUUCACAGGCAUUCCGGUGUCACCAACACAUCAUCAUCCACUGGGCACAGGAGAGCAGAGACAGCACACGCAUACGGUCCUGUCGUCCCCGCCCAGAGGGACGGUCAGCCUGAGGAAGCCUCGGGGAGAGGGCAGAAAGUGCCGGAAGGUGUACGGCAUGGAGCACCGGGACCUCUGGUGCACGGCCUGUCGCUGGAAGAAGGCCUGCCAGCGCUUCACCGACUGAGCCACGCGGCCUGCGGCCCAGCCGCCAGCCCACGGCCACCCUCACGUCCCACUGCAGGCUUUGGACAACGCUCUUCCUUCCGAGCAAAACACACCGGAAGCCCAGGAAAAGCACUUCCAGGAGCCUUGGUGGAAUUACAGCAAAAAAGAAAACCAGGUCACCACCCUCCCUGGUCUUGCUAAGAGUAGAGUCUAGAGCAUCUGUAACUUGUUCUGAGUGUGUGUGUGAAAAGAAAAAUCAUCCUUCCUUGCUGUGUGUCUAGGUCUGAAAACUGUGGACUUCUGUAGCAUCUGAACCCACAAAGCCCAUGCUUCCUAGAAAGGAGGCAUAUUUUGAUAAGCUUUCUGAAUAAUGCCGUUUCUGAAGUGUUUUUUCAACACACACAAAAAGCUACAUGUUAUGCCGUAGCGUUUGUACAAAGAACAAUACCUGCUUUCGUGUGAAUAGUCUUUCCCUGGUUUUCCAUGUGACUUCUUGGAGCAGCACACAUCAUGAUGUGUUGCCAGAAAGGGCAGCACUCUGGGGAUUUUUUCUAUGUCUGUCUUGUUUGUUGGUUUGUUUUGUUUUGAAGAAUGGCCCAAAACCACCACGGCAGAGCGGUGAGCUUGAAGGGCCCCCGAUGGCAGAAGCUCGAAGAGACUGAUGAUGGAAUCACCAGCAGACUUCAGCUCCAAGCUGAGCGAGCUCAGGACGUCCAGCCGUCACUGUUGGGAGACACCUAGGAGGCUUUCUGGGAUCCGUACGGGGCCCUUCCCCAGGAGGCCCAGCUCCUUCUCUACCUGCCACAACUCAGUCCAGAACCAGCACCUGGAGCCCUCCGGUAAGCCUGAUACUUCCUUCAGGAAUGUGAUGCAAACUGCAGCUGGGAUCUGUGUGUCACCGCUUGUCUGACGGUCAUUGCCAGGUCGAUGGGUCAUCGGGCCUUCCUUCCGAACUCCACACUGUCUGGUUUGAGAAAAGGUCGAGAACUCAAGCUGGCCCUGCAGGCUUGCUGUCGACAGCAGAGCACAGCCUUUGCACCCCCAUCUGUUCAGAAAGCCACGCAAGGUCAGCAAACAGGGUCCGUUCUGAGUGCACUUUGCUCGGUUUUGUGCUUUAGCAUGUCUGGGAGAUGGCUUCUUGAACAAUCGAGAUGUUGUAUGGGUAAAGGCAAGAUCUAAACCUUUAUUUUUCUUAUAAAACUAGUGGAGCUAGUCAUGAAGUGUUUGCUGGAAAGGGAACGUAGAGAACACCAAAAGGAAGACGCGUGUCGGUAUAGGACUCUCAGAUUAGCACGACCAGGGUUUGCAGUGUAUUCCAUUUGUCAGGCUUUCUCAGCUGGCUGGCUGGCUGGUUGGUUGGUUGGUUGGUUGGUUGGUUGGUUGGUUGGUUGAUUUGGCGGUAAUGGUGCAGGGAGAGGGGAGUAGUUGUCAAGCCCUAUAAACUUCCACCCUCCUCUCGACUGCCCUGCUGAAGUUAUUCCUCCUACACCUAUGCAAAGAGGUACAAGCGCCCUCUAGGAGGCCACGUGUGGGACGGGUAGCCUGUGAGCAGCCAUAGGAAUGUUAAAUCAAGUUGCACAAAGGAAAGUUUAAUAUAUGUCUAGAGAUUGUACAUACACUUCUUUUUAGAGAGUACUGAGAAGUCAUCUAGUGAUAACAGGGACCCUUUUUCUAUAUAAAGGAGGCUCUGCAGUGUAACAUCUCCAUUCACAUAUUUUGGCAAUUUUGUUUUUUAAACUCUCAUGUGACUUUUCAAACAUUAUUCCUGGGAAGAGAUCCUGUGUGUCUCCUGCAUUUAUUUUUUUCUGUAAAAACACUUAUUUCAAGAGCGCGGAAGAAGAGCUCCAGUUAGUUUCACAUCCGCAGGUUCCCUCAGCCCUCAUCCCAGCACCUGCUCUGUCUGACGUCUGCUUGGUACUUCCGAGAUCAGCCAGGAGAGGCCCUUUUAUAAGUGCAGGAAUGUCCUGUACCCUGAACCCCCAGCAUGUCUUUCCUGCUCCCUGCUGACCUGUCGCUUCACCUGCAGGCCCCUCUGCUGUGGGUGGCAUGCCCAGGCGCCAUGGGAAGGCCAGGGCUGGUCGGCCACUUCAGCGGGCUCACCAUGUCCUCCUUAAACACAGGAGAGGGUUUGUCUUCAGUAAGGCUCUCUGGCUCUUGAUCCUUGCACUAAGUUGCUAAUCAAAAGUGAUUAACGUGACGAGGGGCCAAAUCCACCCCCCAUACCACAGAACUCUGGGGUACAGGAGUGGGAGACCUUUGCUGUGGGCAGUCCUGGGACCUCUCUGUGCCUCUCCCCGAGAGAUACAGCACACGGGUUCUGAGGUCGGGCCUGGCUGAGCCCAGCCCAGCCCUUACCUGGAUUUUAGCCGAGGCACAGGUACAAGCAGAAGGGAGAGCUGAGUGCAACUGCCCUGAGACUCCCUUUCUAAAGCCUUCUUUACACACACUGGUCCACGUCCCCCACCCACGUGGGCGCCCCUUUCUGCCGGCCAGCCCAGGGCCUGGUGUACCCUCUUCUCUGGCUUCCCGAUGUGCACAGACACUCCGUCCCUCCAUGCACUCGCAGGCACCCACUCCCUGUACCAAGGUGGCUGAUAACUAGGGGACCACCAAGCUUCGCCUGGCUGGCCUCGAAGAAAAGGGGUUAAAUUUCUAGCAGGCCUCCAGAAAGCUAUCAAUUGCAAUAUACAACACUGAUUGUAGAAGCUAAAAUU